AGUCUCAACCACCAAUUAUCUUUUAUAAAAGGUCCCAUAUGUUCCUCCAUAUCGAGUUCUGCUGCUUGACCCCUAUUGACUUCUGUGGGCUUCUGGUGGAGAAUGAUGGGGAAGUUUUUAGAUCCUGCCACCACUGAUGACAAAAACGAAGAAACUAAAGAGGAGUCAGAGGAGAGAAGUCAGGAUUCCAAGCCGGAAUUCUCAGAAGACGAGGUAACACUCAUUGCCAGGAUGUUUCGCUUGGUCGGAGAAAGGUGGUCUCUAAUUGCUGGGAGGAUUCCUGGAAGAACAGCAGAAGAGAUUGAGAAGUACUGGACUUCAAGGCAUACAUCUUCAACUUCAACUUCAACUUCAAGUGAAAGAUGACUUCAAGUUCAAUGCCACAAAGGCUUUGAUUGUUACUUUUAGAUAGUGUCAAGUUGUUGAUAUAUAUAGAUAUGAUUUUCUAGAUGGUGUUGUGGUUUUUUCUUUUUUCUUUUUGAAAAACUGUUAUCAUGUAACGUAAUGAUCAAAAUAAUUUUGAAUGAUUUGUGCUUUA